GAGAGCGGCCACCCGCUCAAAGAACCCACCCUUGAAGCUGCUCCAACGCGUGUACGCCCCACCCGAUCACCUCGCUCGCCGGCCGGAACACGCAGCGCGCGCGUCCAUCAUAUCCAUGGCCCGCCUCGGCAUCGGAGUGGUGGCCGUGGCCGCGCUGGCGGUGGCGGCCUCCCUGUGCACGGCGGAGGCGUACUCCAGCGCCGUCGGCGGCUACGACCUGCUCACCACGGCCCACCUGGCCUCCUCCUCCUCCUCCCCGUGCGACGGCGAGCUGGGGCAGUGCUCGGCGGCGGACGGCGAGGGCCUGCUCCGGCGAUCGCUGGCGGCGCGGAAGCCGACGAACCGGUACGUCAGCUACGCGUCGCUGAGCGCGAACAAGGUGCCGUGCAACAAGAGGGGGCAGUCCUACUACCAGAACUGCGCGUCGCAGAAGGCCGCCAACCCCUACCGCCGCGGCUGCUCCGCCAUCACCCGCUGCUCCCGCAACAUGAACUGAUCAUUCAUGCAUCCCCCCUCCCCUCCAUGUCUCUCCCACUGAUCGAUCAUGCAUCGUCUCCACUCGGCCGGCACCACGACGACGACGACGACGACGUCCAUGGAUGGAGCGAUAAGAUGCGUCACUAUUUGUGUUAUAUAUUAUAUACAUAUUGACUAAGUGAAUCGAUUAGUUGCGUUAUAUUGUAUGCUUGCUGUUGAUGAUGGUGAUGGUGGUGAUUAUGCAUGUUCUUCUUCUCCUGUUCUUUCUUUUUCUUUCUUUUUAUUUAAUCGUUCGUUUUCGUGGAACGAUUUAUCUCUAUUGAUGGUGUGACAUUCGUGUUAUGUGUAAGUAGUUUAGCUUUAUCCUCUCUCGUGUGCUUUAAUUUCUUGUUUAUGUGGUUGAUGCAUGCAUGCAGGUGCAAUAUAUAGCAUCAAAAUAAGGUCUUAUUACUACAAGCACGCCAUAACUAAGAUAAGUUUGAUCAAUAUAUAAGUCGACACAGAUACAAAUGCGACGAUCGAUGCACAG